AUGCAGAGGCUCCCGCCGUGGCUCUUCCCUGGUCUCCCGAAAGCAGGCACCAGGCGCGGCUUCUCCGCUGGGCCGGGGCUGCUGCAGGGGCCGGGUGCUGGGUGCUCUGAGGCUCCAGAUGACACGUGUCAGGACCCGCACACCCUCAGCAGAGGGAGGACGAACAGAAGAGCCGGGCGUCGGAGCCGCGAGCCCGGCGGGCUGGGCGCCCCGUCUGUGGCCAGCCUGCCUGCACGGGCCCAGUGUCCUGGCGGCCAGGGGAAGGGGCCCGAAGUCGCCGUCGACAGAUCGGCGCUGCAGUCCCAGCGCCCCUCAGAGCUGGCCCUCAGCUCUCAGCAGGGGGCGCCGCUGCCUCGCGGAAGGGUCCCUCCGGGCAUCAUCCGGCAGGGAGGGGCUGACGCGGGCGUCGCUGUGCCGUGUGCCUGGCGUGCUGCAGGCGUGCGGGAGCUCGGGACUCGGGCGGCACCUGGCAGCUCGUCUGUGGGCUCAGCAGACGCCUCCCAGAUAAAGGAAGGGAUGGAUCCCGCCAAGCAUGGGGGUGACUUGCCCCGCUCCACCCGGCCGGCACUGUGUGUCCUGCAACCUUCCGUCUUUGCCGAGCCCGCACGGGACCCUCAGAGGCCUUGGGCGGGUCUCGCCAGCGCAGGUCUGCUUUCCUUUCGCCGUCCACGGCGAGUGUCAGCUGCACACCCCUUCCGCGUGGGAUGGGCCGUCCCCACCUCGCUCUGCUGCCCCGCGCCCACCAGGUCGCUUAGCACAGGAUCUGCGGAGGCGCGGGGACUUGGGGACCCCUCCCCACGUCACCCCGCUGCCGGUGGCCAGUCCAGGGUGGAACCCGCAGCCUGGCGCCGGUGUCAGCACCUUCCCUGCCCCGCGCGGCCUCCCAGGGGAGACAGCCCCAGCGUGUGGCCCUGGCACCUGGACAGCCUUUUGCCAAAAUCCACUGUACUUUCCAAAGCGUAUUUUCUGCUGAGCUGCAGCUCCAGUGUCCCUGUGCGUCAGAGCAGUGGGGCAGCGUGGGCUCCCAGCGAGGGCAGGCGCUUACCCAGCAGAGCUGGCAGGCAGGCCUCGAGGGGCGGAAACGAGUCACCCAGCAGCAGACAAAUACAUCACAGGCACCGUGGUUUGGAUCACUCACAGUUUGGAAGUGGAGCCCCGCUGGUGUGCGUAUCCAGCGCUCUGGGAAGCAGCUCUCACAGUGAGAGAAGACUCGAAACCUUCGCUGGAGUCACUGCAAAUGACAAGCGUCCUCCAGGACAGGCUUCCUGCCUCCGCCUCACAUCAGCUUCCUCAGCACCCCGCCCAGCCUCGGAGCCCACACCUGCCGGCCCCCUGGACCCCACAGGCUUUCCCCGACACGCGGGUUUUCCUGCGUUCAUUCACAGGCACCCGCUGACCACAGCCGUGUGUGCGUCGGUCCUGGGAGGACAGGGCCCCGUCCCCAGCCCCCUGCCCAGUGGGACCUUAGCUGUGGCCUCACUCCCAGCCCUAGCAUCCAGCCCCCUAAGAUCAGAGGCGGCUCUGCAGCCCCGCCUGCGCGUGAUAAGCGCGUGGCCGUGGUCUCUGCUGGAGGGUGACCGUCCCCCAAGUCAGCCCUGUGACGGAGGUGGGCGCCGCGGAGGUGUAAUCUCAUGGGGCUGCUCGCACCUCCUUCUUUCCGUGGACUCAAGCCCUUGGCAGGAGUGAGCUCGCCUCGACCUUGUGGUGGGCACCACCUCGUCGCAGGGGCCCUGCUCCCCCUCA